CACCUUUGAUCAUUCCCUACAGGCGUUCUUCAAACACUUUCGUUAUUCAGGUUAUGUCGCCACCAUACAAACGGAAUUGCAUCUUAAAGCGAGGAUUUGUCUCUGAUGGAGUUUAUUGAGCGCUCCCAUUGGUUGUACAGGAUAAGAAAGCAAAGAGAAGGGCGGUGCAGCAGUACAGGCUUUUGUACGGGUUACGGUGAUUGGUCCAUGUGUUUUUUAUUUUUUUUCUUUCGGUAGGGGGCUGUGUGUGCGUUCGUGUGAGCUUCACGUUCAGGGCGGCAAAGGGGGGCGACUGGAGGGAUCACUUCCAUGGACCAUCUGUCUGCCUCGGCUCAACAAAGAAGGAGGACGCAGGAUGGUGUUGGUCCAUGUUGGAUAUCUGGUUCUUCCCGUCUUCGGUUCGGUUAGAAAUAGAGGAGCACACUUCACCAGGCACCAACACAGCCAUGCUACCUCCUGCCGACACUUUCACCUGGGCGCCCCACAGGCGCCCAUCUCAACCGAGUUCCCUUUAGGACAUGCCAGCCAGCCCGCUCAGACGGGCCUGGCCACCCACAUCCCCCCCGCACACCAUCCGCCCCUCGCUGCCCUGCCUGCCGCCCCGCAGUUCCAGGAUGUGUCGGGUCCUCCGUUCCUACCUCAGGCCUUACACCAGCAAUACCUCAUCCAGCAGCAGCUUCUAGAGGCGCAGCACCGCAGGAUUGUUCCACACUCCAGAAGGGCCCAAGAAAGAGUUCCUAUCAAUCCCCACCGACUGCGCUCCACCUACGAGUACUCCCCACCCCUCCAUGCCCCGCAGCCAGUGACACAGCAGCCAAGGUACCUGGCCGAAGGCACCGACUGGGAUCUCAGCGUCGAUGCUGGCCUCCCUCAUCACCAAUACCACCUCCAGCAGCUGCCCCAGCACUACCAGCACUACCUGGCUUCCCCCCGAAUGCACCACUUUCCCAGGAACACAUCCUCUGCACAGGUUGUGCAUGAAAUCAGAAACUACCCGUAUCCCCAGCUGCACCUGUUGGCACUCCAAAGUUUGAACCCUUCCAGACAUGCCACUGCGGUGCGGGAAAGCUAUGAGGAGCUCCUUCAGUUGGAGGACCGGUUAGGCAGUGUGAGCAGAGGUGCAGUGCAGACCACCAUCGAACGAUUCACUUUUCCGCACAAAUACAAAAAGAGGAAGCCCUUGCAGCUGAAGCUCGGGGAGGAAGAAGAGGAGACAGACGUUGAUGAGAAGUGCACUAUCUGCUUGUCCAUGCUGGAGGACGGCGAGGACGUCAGGAGGUUACCCUGCAUGCACCUCUUCCACCAAGGCUGCGUGGACCAAUGGCUGGCGACCAGCAGGAAGUGUCCAAUCUGUCGCGUUGACAUCGAGACGCAGCUGAACCCCGACAGCUGAUGAGAUUUUUCACCCCCACGGCGUUUCCUAGCCCGCUCCUGCUUUCUUCCAUCCUACUUUUUCUCGCAUCCCAAAUCGGGUGCUAUUGCCAAAUGUCUCCUGACUUUUGAUGUGACAUCUUUUUUUUUUGUUUGUUUCUUUUGGACUCUCGCUUUUACUGAGCCAAGCAAGGGAGGAGAAUUGCAAGAGACAUGCGCUGUUACUCUCUCUUUCGUUCUCCCCCCCCCAAACGCCCCCUCCUCUCUUUCUAUAGAACACAAGCACAUCCACACACACUACUAACAAGUCGUGUACACAGGGUUUUAUUGUAGCUUGGUGGUUUUACUUGGUGGUGUCGUUUAGGGGUUCUCAAACUUUUUGGGUCCAGGGACCAUUUAUUGAGGAGCAAUUCUAGCCCUCUCAUAGUUUUACCAGUUCAAUAUUAAAAGUUGCCUAUUUUAGAUGGGGAAAAUGUUGAAAUAAAAAACAAAAAUCCUGUCGAAAAAAGUUGCAAUGUUAUGAGAAUAAAGUUGUAUUUUUUUUCAAGGAAAAAAAUGGUAAUCUUUACAAGAACAAUGAUGUAUUUUGUCGAGAUAAAAAGUAUAUAUCUUACAAAGUUGCAUUGUUCCAAGAUCGUCAUAUUACAAAGUUAAAGUUGGCUUUUGCAGUUUAAAAAACUGUUUUUAUAAUACUGUACGUUACUCAUUCAGUGAGUUUUCAGCUGUUUUCAGUAAAAACACUUAGCAUGUUUUAGAGGAUUUUGACUGAAUUUUCAGAAAUGGACCUCAGAGAGCUUAAAAGAAACAAGUUGUCUUAAUCCAAGAUCAAGUGAAAAAGUGGUUUGUUGGUAAAAAAAAAACUUUUUGUAAUAUACUGUAUGUUAACUCAUUAGUGCAAUCCAUUUUUUGAAAAAUCAGUUAAAGUUUUGGAGGCUUUUGGCUGAUCUUUCAGAAAUGGGCCUUGUAGUUCUUACAAGAACGAAGCUUUAUUGUUUCAACAGUUCAAAGUGGAGUUUACGGUUAAAAACAGUUUUCCUAAUAUACUGAAUGUUAACUAAUUGAGGGCUUGUCAUUUUCAGAAAAAAACAAUGCUUAGCAUUGUUGCAGUUUUAGAGGUUUACUUAAGAAAUAGUCUUCGUAAUUCCUACCUAACCUGCUCUUACAGUUUGCUCCCCCUCAUUUUCUAUAGUCAGCAAGGGCCAACUCAUGCCAAAAUGAGACACUGGUUGGUGUUUUAGCCCCCCCCCCAAAUAUAUUGAACAACAUACUGUAUCGCUACAAUUUUGUGCUUAGGUAGUUUGAGUUUUUGCACGUUCUCAAAUGUGUAUAAUGCAUUUAAAAAAUGUAUCUCAGAAUUCAUGUUACAGCAUCUUUAAAGUUAAAAUACAACUUUAUUCAUGGAAUACUCUGUCUUUAAUUCUUUGGAAGCUAUCCUUAAAAAAAAGACUGGAUUCUUUUUGUCAAGGGAGGAAAAUGAUGGUACAUCACUAGCAUAUCAGAGCUUUUCAAUGGCUCAAAGCUGGAAAAUUACUAUUACUAGUAUUACUAUUACUUAAAACUAACAUAAUUAUUAUGUUUUAUUGGCAUGCCAGUCCACAUGUGUAAAGAUGCACUGUUUUUGAUGAUAAGACAUAAUAAUUUAGUACAAAUUAUUUAGCGAAUGCCUGAGCUAUGGCUCACGGACCCCAGUUUGAGAACCACUGGUGUAGUGUAUAGGCGCCUCCUUGCUGUGUAGCAUGUCCUUGAAGCCAUGACUUUAACGUCGCAUUGCCAGCUGUCUUUCUAGAUUCUCCUACUUUUUUUCCCUUCCUUUUCUCUUCCUGAAACACAAAAAUGCCAUGUUUACCUUUUAUGAUCGUAGAGUAGCAGCAAACGCGUGUGGCGUGCCGUCGCUUCCUUCAGGGGAGAGCCCCUGAGUGCCACCUGUGGCAUGUUUGAACUCUAUUGUGCAGCUUUGACGUUUUGCAAUACACUUGUGCCAGCUCUGCCGAGCCGCCAGUCAAGUCAUUUUGAAAGAGGGUUGCAAAAAAGAAAUAGUCGGAACCUUUCCAUGAGAAAUAAUGAGAAUUUAUUGUUGUUUCCUGAUAGUGUGCUAUUAUGCAAAUGCAAAAAUGGUAUUUUGUUAAUUAUAAAUUAUUUGGUUACUUGAAUUGUGCUUUUUGUUUUAGUUAAAAAAAAAUAUUUUUUAUAUUUCACUUUUUAUGUAUUUAUCGUUUAGCCCUUUACUAUUGACCGAUUCUGCAGUAGCAUCUUUUUUUUUCAGUGCUUGACCUUUCAAAGUUCAAGCUUAAGCCCUGGAGAUAAAAGUUUUAACUUUGUCACUGCUUACAGUUAGGGAUGUCCCGAUCACAUUAUCAGAAAUUGGGCCGAUCGCGCCAUUUUUUCAGAGGAUCGGAAUAGGGUGAAAAGGAUCGGGUUUUUAAUUAAAAAUAUAUAUUUGUUUUUUUUUUUUUUUGCUUCAUGCUUGUAGAGCCUUUCACCCGCCCUCCUGCUAAGCAUUGUGACCAAAUUGUUUUUCUUGGUCGCCAGUGCAGCUGGUGUUUGGUACUUUAAGUUAACGAUGAUUGACAGUUUUGUAGCUUUGAUCUGGCCAGAGAAUCCUUGGCAGCACUACGAUCAUGGACACAAAUAUUUUGAUAAUCGUUCAGCUUGGUACACAGUCUGAAGUAGAGGUGCAACAAUUAAUCGAAAACUAAUCAGUUAGCAAAUUAAUCGACAACUAUUUUGAUAACCGAUUAAUCGUUUAGGACAUUCUUCACCUUAAACUCUAAAUUCUUAAAAUGAUAACAUAUAUAUAACUUAUCAGUUGUAAAUAUUAUCAGAUUUCUUCAUUUAUAUUUUCGGUAAGUCAAAGUAGGACAUGAACAAAAAUCUGUCUUUUACUUUGGAAAACAACAAUUCACAUUUCUGCCAUUUUUCGGACAUCUUACUGUCUAAACUAGCUUCUUUAUAAGGCUGCAACAACUAAUCGAAUAAAUCAAUUAAUAAAUUAGUUACCUACGAAUUUGAUAACCGAUACAGUUGAAGGAAAAAGUCCUCCAUUUUGUAUUCAUUGCUACUUACAACAUGCCGAAAACAACUUCAAGGUAAAUUGUGAAGGUAAUUGAAAGAAGUGACAUUUAUCCGAUUAAUCGGUUAAUUGUUUAAUUAAUCGUCCGAUUAAUUAUUGAAAAUAAUCGUUAGUUGCAGCCCAAGUCUGAAGUAUGCUGUGCCAACUCAUUCAAUGUGUAAGUGAGAGGCUGUUCUUCGCAGCGUGAUUGUCAAAGCGUGACUGAAUUUAAUCCUUCCACCUUCAUCAGAGUGUCAUGACGCCUCUUUAUCAGCUGAUGGAGUCACACCUUCAUCCAUCAGCUGAUAAAGAGGUGUCACACAAACACCAGUGACACUCUGAUAAAGGCGGAAGUAGUCACCGAAACAUGUCAGGUAAAUCAAACAGCAUAAAACAAUUGUCCGUGAUAACAGAAAAAAAUCAACUAAUCUAUAAGUUGAGACCAGUGUUGUUUUUGGCAGCCCUUUUAAUUUUCGUUUUAGUCUUAGUCUUUUGGACGAUAAUACCUAUUAGUCGUAGUCAUAUUUUAGUCAUCUCAAAAACUGUUUGUCUUCGUCUAGUUUUUGUUGACGAAAACUCAAGACAAAUUUAGUCUAGUUUAUUCGACAUUUGCUGUUUCUGUCUGUAAAAUUAAAAAAUUUUUACUCCAAAAAAUAAAUAAAUAACUAAAUAAAGAUUUCCAACUAUUUCGAAUCAAGAUUGACAGACGAGCACAGAUUGUACAUUCCAAGGAGAACACCAAUUACAGUUGUGUUCAAAAGUUUACAUACACUUG